UGGUGGGGGGGGAUUUGGUGGGGGUAUGGUGUGGGGGUGUAUCCCAAUCGGAGCGCGCCGUGUGGGCGGAGCCAACGUCCAAAUUGUCCAAUGGGAGGGCGCGGAGGUUGGCGCGAACCCGGCGCGCGCGAGCCUCGGUUUCCCGCGCUUCGAGUCAGCGAUAACAUCGCCGAGACCCCCAAAAAACAACAAACAUGACAUUAAACAAUCCAACAAAGUAACAGCAGUGUGUAGCGACCAUAAUACCGCCGUGUAAAAGAUACUGCAUUUAUUUAUUCAUAAUAUCCGCAGUAAUUGAUUCUCGUGUGGUUUUAAGGACCGGCUACAAAAGGGUAUUUAUUCUCUGAGGGGAUUAAGCAACGUUACGAAGUCAGACGUUACUUUUUUUGCUUGUUAAAAGUAACACAGAGCCUCCGAGAGGCCGCGGUUAUUGAUUUACAUGUUUUAAAUAUCCACAUUUUUAAUACGUGGAGGAGGGAGGUGCGCGAUGGCAGCGGCGUCCGGACGUCAGGCGCUGAGCGACAUUUCCAACCCCCAGAUCCAAGAGACGCAAAGACGCUUAUAUGAAGAUCUCCUGGACCCGACGGGAUCUCCUAUGACGCCCAACUCACUAAAUCGGCAACGUCGGUCAAAAAUUACCCCCUGUAAACCAAGAGACGAGCCCGUGGCGUGCGUUCCAAACGCAGAAACAGACCAGGGCGUCUUGUAUGAGACACCUCCCUGUUCAUCCCAGCGGAAGAGACUCGUCCCUUCUCAAAAGAAGCCCUUCAUUGCUGACGAGACCCCUUGCAGGUGCUCUGCAACAACAGGCCUGACGAUCAAGAAAAAGAGGAUUCCCAGCACCGAGGAGAUGACGGAGCGACCGCAGCUGCAGACAAUACUGGCCGCGCUGAGCAGGGAUCAGCUGGUGUCGCUCAUUGGCUCAUUUCUCGAAAGACACCCGGAGCGAGAAGGGGAACUGAGGAGCCUCAUCCCAACGCCAGAUGUGACCCCUCUGAUAGAAAAUCUUGAGAGCCUGAAGAAAACUAUCUACAAAUCUUUCCCCAGCUCACGGUCUGGGUCCCACCGUGAUUCCUUCUGCUACAGAAGAGUAAUUUCUCACCUGCAGGCUUUCAGAAUCACAUGCCAGGAGCAAGGGAAGAUUCUGCUUCAGAGUCAGUUUCACGAGGCCAUGCUGGACUACUCCCUCCUCGCUUGCUCCACUGUCGCAGCUCUUCCCGACUGGGAUAACGUUGCCCACAACGCAGUCAAGCAGCGCUGCUUCCGAACGCUCACCAUGCAGUGCAUGUCUGCGCUGAGCAAAAGCACCUUCGAGAGGGAAGGAUAUACCCGUUUACGGAAGAGGUUCGAGAGUGUGUGCACCAUCAACAGUGAGCUGCAGCCCUGCCUCCUGGAAGUGGAACGAAAGCUUAGCCAACUGUAACAGCUUAAUGUUGCGGUGUGUGGAAUAAGUCCUACCAAAUAUCCACUAUUUAAAUGUGUUGGCAGUUAAAUGCAAUAAUUGUUUUAAUGUAACAUUACAAAAAAAUGUAUUAACUGUAAAGACUACUAAAGUCUAAAUAUUCACGAUUUUGGCACUUUAGUGAUGGUGCUUUAAUUUAAUGGUGUUGUUCAUAAUCCUCUACGUGUGAAGUUGCCCAAGUGUUAGUUUUGCUUUGGGAUUUUUUUUCAAGUCGUUCCUAUAAAAAAAUAUUUGCACAAAUCCAAUCUAAUCAGCAUGGACUGCUAUAAUCUAAUACUCAAGCCAACAUCUAUGCCAUGCACACGUUGCAUAGGGUGAUCCAGAUGUCGUGACCGCAAUUUAAUGCUCUAAAAUUUAAUAUUUUAAAGUAAGGUUUAUUUAAAACAAAUGAAUAUGCAAAGGAAACACGUUAGCGGUCAAUUAAGUGUGGGUCACAAAGACAUCCGUACGACCCUGUUCAUGAUUUGGCGAGUGCACAAACUAGGUGGCGCUAGAUGCCUGUUGCAUAUAUUAUCUGAAUGUCAUGUACCUUUGUUUCAAUGAACUAUUUUGAAGUUUCCAUGCAUUCAAGCACAACCUUUACUUGUAUUGAAAUGUGCCAUUCAAAUUUUUUGUAACAUUUUAAUAUUGAGUAGUUUAUCACCUAUAUUAACAUUGAAAUGUAUUAAGUGUGCCUUAACAUAUAUUGCUUUAUUCACUUUAGGAAAUCCUAAUGAAUUGCGGAUUAAAGUGGUUUCGUUUGAAAACGGCUCUGCAGGAAUUACUUCUAAGUUCACCUUUAACCUGUAAACUGGGAUUUUGAAAACAAAACUACAUUGAACUCUUAAUAUAUUCAUGGUUCCAGCAAUGCCGACUCAUGAACAAUUAAUCUUUAAGCCACUGCUAGGCUAUGAAGGUAUUUUUUCACAAUGUUAAGUCAAAACCUCGGGCUGGGAAACUAUUUAGUUAGUCACGCAAUUUUAAAAGAACUUGCUUUCAA